CUCCUCCUCUCUGCCCUAUUUCAGAGGUCGGAUAGGCUUUGUUUCCCAGCUCAACAGUGGGUUUCCGAGGAGCCAGAUGAGAAGCAGACCUCAAGAGGUGUGUGCGGGCAGCAGAGAACUUGGCCUUGACUGAGGCGCCCAGACCCGGUUACCAUGGCAACUGAUAUCACCAUGAAGACCCCUAUCUGUUUAGUGGAAAAUUGGGAAGAGAAGCUGACAGUGAAUCCCAAAGCACUGGAGAUUCUUAACCAGAUAUCUCAGCCUGUGGUGGUGGUGGCCAUUGUGGGAUUGUAUCGUACAGGAAAAUCCUACCUCAUGAAUCGUCUGGCAGGACAGAACCAUGGCUUCCCUCUGGGCUCCACGGUGCAAUCUCAAACCAAAGGCAUCUGGAUGUGGUGCGUGCCCCACCCCUCCAAGCCAAACCACACCCUGGUCCUCCUGGACACUGAGGGCCUGGGUGAUGUGGAAAAGGGGGACCCCAAGAAUGACUCGUGGAUCUUUGCCCUGGCUGUGCUUCUGAGCAGUGCUUUUGUCUACAACAGCCUGGGCACCAUCAACCACCAGGCCCUGGAGCAGCUGCACUACGUAACUGAACUAACAGAGUUAAUCAGGGCAAAAUCUUCCCCAACAUCUCAUGAAGUAGAGGACUCCACAGAGUUUGUGAGCUUCUUUCCAGACUUCAUUUGGGCUGUACGGGAUUUCACCCUGGAGCUGAAGUUAAAUGGACAGCCCAUCACGGAAGACGAGUACCUUGAGAAUGCCUUGAAGCUGAUUCCAGGAAAGAACCCCAGAAUCGAGAAUUCCAACAAGCCUAGAACAUGUAUCAGGUAUUUCUUUCCAAAACGGAAGUGCUUUGUCUUUGACCGGCCCACAAGUGAUAAAAAUUUAUUAAUCUGUAUAGAAGAAGUGCCAGAAGACCAACUGGAAUUAAAUUUCAAGGUGCAGUCAAAAAAAUUCUGCUCUUACAUCUUCACACAUGGGAAGACCAAGACCCUGAGACAGGGAAUCAUUGUCACUGGAAAUCGGCUGGGCCGUCUGGUGGAGAUGUACGUAGAUGCCAUCAACAGCGGAGCCGUCCCUUGCUUGGAGAACGCAGUGACGACUCUGGCUGAGCGUGAGAAUGCUGCAGCCGUGCAGAAGGCAGCCGAGCACUACCUGGCACUAGUGGCCCAGCGAGUGAGGUUCCCCACAGACACGCUCCAGGAGCUGCUGGACUUGCACGCAGCCUGUGAGAGGGAAGCCAUUGAAAUUUUCAUGGAGCACUCCUUCAAGGAUGAUAACCAGAAAUUCCAGAAGAAACUUGCGGAAACCAUAGAGAAGAUGAAGGAAGAGUUCCUGCUGCAGAAUGAAGAGGCCUCUGUCAAAUACUGCCAGGCUGAGCUUAAACGACUCUCAGCGUCCCUGAUGGAAAGUAUUUCAAGAGGGGUUUUCUCUGCGCCUGGAGGCCACCGUCUCUACUUAGAAGCAAGGAAAAAGGUUGAAGAGGAGUAUGAGCUGGUGCCCAGGAAGGGAGUGAAGGCAACUGAGGUGCUCCAGAGGUUCCUGGAGUCUCAGGCAGCAGCAGAGAACUCCAUCCUGCAGGCAGACAAAGCUCUCUCUGAUGGAGAGAAGGCCCUAGCAGCUGAGGAGGCCAAGAGGGAGGCCGCUGAGAAGGAACGGGAAGUGCUAAGACAGAGGGAGCAGGAGAUGCAGCAAAAGAUAGAGGCUCAAGAGAGAAGCUUCCAGGAGAACAUCGCUCAACUGAAGGAGAAGAUGGAGCGGGAAAGGGAGGACCUCCUCAGAGAGCAGGAGAGGAUGCUGGAGCACAAGCUGAAGGUCCAAGAAGAAAUGCUUACAGAAGGAUUUAGAAAAAAUGCUGAGGAGUUAAAUAACCAGAUAAGAGAGCUAAAUAAAGAAAUUGAAGCAACUAAAAACCGAGGAUCCUCAUGGUUUACAGGUUUCCUUGAUGCGUUGGGUACCAUAUUCACCCUGGUACUACCUGGGCCUGCUAAGUUAUUUGGUUUGCCUUUGAAAUUUCUUGGUUCAAAAUCUAAAGACUGAUUUUUCUGGGAAUGAAAAUAUAAAAUUGGACUUCUUUUGUUUUAAUAGCCUAAUAAUGUUGUUCAUUUAAAAAUUGUCAUAGUAGUUUCUUUCAAGGAAAUUUAAAAAUGAAAUGCAGUUUUUAAAGAAUAUCAGGUAUUGGAGUCCACAGAAGACCAAACUGAAUUUUUAUUGAAUUAAUUAUUGUGAAGAAAUGGGAACAAAAUUUGAAAUUAUUCAUAAAAAUAAUUUGAGUGAAGCCAAAAGCCAUGGCAAGAUGAAGAAAAGAUGUGCAAUUUGUAUUACACAUUAGAGAGGUUAUUUAAGUUGUGAUGAGUCCUUGUACAUCAGCGAGAGUAGAGCUACAACCACAUUUUUGUUUAAAUAGCUGAAAUUGUGAAAAAUUUGAAACUAGAUGACAAUAAAAGGUGUGCAAAGUAAAAUUGUGUGGUGUGCCUUUUACCUCUAGGAAGGGCAAGAAAAAAAUAUCUGACAGCAGUUAACAAGGAAGGGUUUUGGGAAAUAUGAGAGU